ACCUCGCCACGUGUAUGGUCAAUCUAGCAAAUAACUUGUCGUGAUUCAUCCACCGUUUUUUUAACAAGGAAACCGCCGUCGCCGGAUCCACGAAGGAGACGAUUCCGAUCUUAGAAAGGAGUUUCUGUACUUGUCUGAAGGGGUCGGUUUUGCGUUUUUUUUUAAUUAUCAAUUCGACGGUUUGCAAACGAUGAGGAAGAAGCUCGAUACUCGCUUCCCAGCUGCUCGGAUUAAAAAGAUUAUGCAAGCUGACGAGGAUGUUGGCAAGAUAGCUUUGGCUGUGCCUGUCUUAGUUUCAAAAUCUUUGGAAUUGUUCUUGCAAGACCUUUGUGAUCGUACCUAUGAGAUUACCCUUGAAAGAGGAGCUAAGACCGUGAGCUCAUUGCACCUUUUUGUUUACAGAAAAAAUUGUGUGGAAAGAUACAACGUGUUUGAUUUUCUGAGGGAAGUUGUGAGCAAGGUGCCUGACUAUGGCCAUGCGCAAGGGCAGGGCCAAGGGCCUGGUGAUGUCACCAUGGAUGAUCGCACCAUCUCCAAGAGAAGGAAGCCGGUCGGUGAUGAAGUGAAUGACAGCGACGAGGAGUAUAAGAAAAGCAAAACACAAGAGAUGGGUAAUGCUAAGCCCAGUGGUAGGGGUGGUAGAGGGAGAGGACGAGGAAGAGGCCGUGGUGGACGAGCGGCCAGAGCAGCUGAGAGAGAGAAUCUUAACCGCGAGAUGGAACUUGAGUCCUCCAUGGUGGAAGAGAAACCUCCUCAAGACAGUACCCAGGUGCAUGAGUCAGUGUCAGCACCACACGAGAUUGAGAAGAAGGAAGGCAUUGCAGCAGCAUCAAACGAAGACACCACACAACAACAACUUCAAAGUCCAAAAGAAGGCAAUGACUUUGAUCUCAACGCUGAAUCUCUCGACCUAAACGAGACCAAACCGGCACCAGUCGCAGCAGCCACGGCCUCUGAGGAAUAUACGUGCUGGUCAAUGGAGUUAGGCCAAAUAGAUCCAGCACAGUUUGCAAGUUUGGGUAAGAGGAUAGACGAGGAAGAAGACUAUGACGAAGAAGAAGGUUAAAGGCAAAAGUACUACAAAUAGGACAUUAAAUAGAGUAGCAGCAUUUUAGUGGUUUUGUCUAGAAAAUGCUUCUUCUGUGAUAAGAAUCCACUUCCAGUUUAUAGGUAUUGUAUGAAUCAAAACCCUUUAAAAUAGACUUGCCCGGUGAGAGACUUUGAAACCUUUGCA